AUGUCCCUGUAUCCCCCGGUGUCCCCCCCGUGCCCCCCUGUCCCCCCGGUGCCCUCCCGUGUCUCCAUGUCCCUGUAUCCCCCGGUGUCCCCCCCGUGCCCCCCUGUCCCCCCGGUGCCCUCCCGUGUCUCCAUGUCCCUGUAUCCCCCGGUGACGAUCUCGGUGGAUGGGAUCCUGACCACCACCGGCUACACCCAGGAGGACUUCACCAUGCUGGGCUCCGACGACUUCUUCUACGUGGGGGGGUCCCCCAACACCGCCGACCUCCCGGGGUCCCCCGUCAGCAACAACUUCAUCGGCUGCCUGAAGGACGUGGUCUACAAGAACAACGACUUCAAGCUGGAGCUGUCGCGGCUGGCGCAGGAGGGGGACCCGCGGGUGACCCUCCACGGGGCUCUGCUCUUCCGCUGCCAGCCGGUGCCCGCCCUCGAGCCGGUCACCCUGGGCACCCCCGGGGCCUUCCUGGCGCUGCCCCCCUGGCACGCGGCCCGGGCCGGCUCCGUCUCCUUCGACUUCCGCACCACGGAGCCCAACGGCCUCCUGCUGUUCGGGCAGGGCCGGCCCCGCGGCCACGGCCACCCCCGGCCGGACUACUUCGCCCUGGAGCUGCUCGACGGCCACCUGUACCUCCUGCUGGACAUGGGCUCGGGGGGCAUCAAGCUGAGGGCCAGCGCCCGCAAGGUGACCGACGGCGAGUGGUGCCACGUGGACGUGCAGCGGGACGGCAGGAAAGGCUCGGUGUCGGUGAACAGCCGCAGCACUCCGUUCCUGGCCAGCGGCGAGAACGAAAUCCUGGAUCUGGAUUCGGAGCUGUACCUGGGGGGGCUCCCCGAGGACUGGGGGGGUCCCCCGCUGCCCCCCGAGCUCUGGAGCGCCUUCCUGCGCUACGGCUUCGUGGGCUGCGUCCGCGAUCUCUUCGUGGACGGCCGGAGCCGAGACAUCCGGCGGCUGGCGGAGGCGCAGGGGGCGCCGGGGGUCUCCCCCUCCUGCAGCCGGGACCCCCCCCGGCACUGCGCCAGCAGCCCCUGCCGCAACGGAGGGGUCUGCCGCGAGGGCUGGAACCGCUUCGUCUGCGACUGCCUGGGCACCGGGUACCUGGGAGCCCGCUGCGAGACCGAGGCGGCGGUGCUGAGCUACGACGGCAGCAUGUACCUGAAGGUGCUGGUGCCGGGGGCGGCGCAGACGGAGGCGGAGGAUGUGGCCCUGCGCUUCAUGUCCCCCCGAGCCUACGGACUGGUCCUGGCCACCACCUCCCGGCAGUCCGCCGACACCCUGCGGCUGGAGCUGGACGGGGGCCGCAUGAAGCUCACCGUCAACCUGGACUGCGUGCGCGUGGGCUGCCACCCCAGCAAGGGCCCUGAGACUCUGUUCGCCGGGCAGAAGCUGGACGACAACGAGUGGCACUCGGUGCGGGUGGUGCGGCGCGGCCGGGCCCUGCAGCUCUCCGUCGACAACGUCACGGUCGAAGGGCAGAUGUCCGGCGCCCACACCCGCCUGGAGUUCCACCACCUGGAGACGGGCAUCGUGACGGAGCGCCGCUUCCUGGCCGUGGUGCCCUCCAACUUCCUGGGGCACCUCAGCGGGCUGCUCUUCAACGGCCUGCCCUACCUGGACCUCUGCAAGAACGGAGACCUCAGCAGCUCCUGCGAGCUCAACGCCCGCUUCGGCCUGCGCCCCAUCGUGGCCGACCCGGUGGCCUUCCGCGGGCAGGGCUCCUACCUGGCCCUGGCCACCCUCCAGGCCUACUCCUCCAUGCAUCUCUUCUUCCAGUUCAAGACCACCACCCCCGACGGCCUCAUCCUCUUCAACAGCGGCAACGGCAACGACUUCCUGGUGGUGGAGCUGGUCAAGGGGUACAUCCACUACGUGUUCGACCUGGGGGACGGCCCCUCGCUCAUGAAGGGCAACUCGGAGGCGCCGCUGCACGACGGCCGCUGGCACGAGGUGGCGGUGGCGCGCGAGGGGGGCGCCCUGCACGCGCUGCGCGUGGACGGGCGCCCGGUGACGCAGCACGGCCAGGGGGCGCGCAACCUCGACCUCAAGGGGGAGCUGUACAUCGGGGGUGUGAGCAAGGGGCUGCUGGGCAGGCUGCCCAAGCUGGUGGCAUCCCGGGGGGGCUUCCAGGGCUGCCUGGCAUCGCUGGACCUCAACGGGCGGCUGCCAGACCUGCUGGGCGAUGCCCUGCACCGCGUGGGGCACAUCCAGCGCGGCUGCGACGGCCCCAGCACCACCUGCACCGAGGAGUCCUGUGCCAACCUGGGCGUCUGCCUGCAGCAGUGGGAUGGCUUCAGCUGCGACUGCUCCAUGACGGCCUUCGGGGGGCGCUCCUGCACCGACCCUGGCACCACCUACAUCUUCGGGCGCGGGGGGGCCCUCAUCACCUACACCUGGCCCCCCAACGACCGCCCCAGCACCAGGGCGGAUCGGCUGGCGCUGGGCUUCAGCACCAGGCAGAGGGACGCAGUCCUGCUGCGGGUGGAGAGCGCGGCCGGGCUGGGAGACUUCCUGCAGCUGCACAUCGAGCAGGGGGCCGUGGGGGUGCUCUUUAACGUGGGCACCGAGGACAUCUCGCUGGCGGAGCGGGGGGCGCCGGUGAGCGAUGGUCGCUUCCACGUGGUUCGCUUCACCCGCAGCGGCGGCAACGCCACCCUCCAGGUGGACGGCGGCCCCCUGCACGAGAGAUACCCACCAGGCAGCGGGGACAGCGAGCGGCUGGCCCUGGCACGGCAGCGCAUCCCCUACCGCCUGGGCAGGGUGGUCGAUGAGUGGCUGCUCGACAAAGGCCGCCAGCUCACCAUCUUCAACAGCCAGGCGCGGGUGCGGGUGGGGGGCCGGGACCGGGGCCGCCCCUUCCAGGGGCAGCUCUCGGGGCUCUACUACAACGGCCUGAAGCUGCUGGCGCUGGCGGCCGAGGGCCACCCCCGCGUGCGGCUGGAGGGCGACCUGCGCCUGGUGGGGGAGCCGCCGCCGCCCCCCGCCCCCCCCGGCGCCACCCCCGCCCCCCCCGACAUGGCCACCACCAUCAUGGAGACCACCACCACCAUGGCCACCACCACCACCCGCCGCGGGCGCUCCCCCACCCUGCGCGACACCGUGGCACAGAACACGGACGACCUGCUGGUGGCCUCUGCCGAGUGCCCAAGCGACGAUGAGGACCUGGAGGAGUGUGAGCCUGGCACAGGUGGGUGCUGCUCCUGCCCCCCCCAGCCUGGCACCGCCUGGCACUGCCUGGUGCACACCUGGCACCGCCUGGCACAUGCCCGGCACCGCCAGGCACUGCCUGACAACAUCUGGCACAUGCCUGGCACUGCCUGGCGCCACCUGGCACACCGCCUGGCACUGCCUGGCGCCACCUGGCACACCGCCUGGCGCUGCCUGGUGCCACCCACCCGGAGCUGCUUGGUGCACCCCUGGCACCGCCUGGCACUGCCUGGCACAUCGGAUGGCAGCGCCUGGCACACUGCCUGCCGCAUCGCCUGGCACUGCCUGGUGCACCCCUGGCACCGCCUGGCACUGCCUGGCACCGUCCUGGUGUCCACCAAGGUGGGGGGGGGGGGGGGGCCUGCUGCAAGCCCCUCCCCUGGCCCCACCCCCCCGGACUGA